AUGAAUGUUGUAUUAUUUCGUCAUGUUUCUCAAAAAAUAAAAUUAUAUUCAACUCUCAUACAAUAUCGUACAGCUAUUGCACAAGCACAACUACAUGAAACUCAAACACAUCAUCAUUCACAACAGCCACAUGAAUUAGAUCCAUUGAAACCUCCACAUCUCGAUCAUGAUAGAAUGACAAUGCAUCCAAGAAUAGGUAAUCGCGAAAUUGUUGGAUAUGGUAUGAAAGGUAAUCCAGAUUAUUUUGAUUUGGCGAUGUUUCCGUGUCCAAGUAUUCGUUGGGAAGUUGAUACACCAGAAGUGAAAAAACUAAGAGAAAAAGAACAGGGUGAUUGGCAUAAUUUAACAAUUGAAGAGAAGAGAAAACUUUAUCGUUCUAGUUUUCGUCAAACAUUCGAAGAAUUCACACAGCCUGAAGGCAUAUGGAAAUGGUCAUUUGGAUGGGGUCUAAUUGCAUUUGCCGGACUUACAUUUAUUUACGACGGAUAUCGACGAUUAGUGUAUACAUUUGAUCCACCAGAUAGUACAUCUGAUGAAAAGCUAAAAACUCAAUUACAAUACCAUAUAGCUGCACGUCAAGGUCCACAGACGGGUUUAUCAUCCGAAUGGGACUAUGAAGUUGGUACAUGGAAAAAAAAUGUGGGAAAAGAUGGUAAAUCUAUCAAACCUAUUAAAUCAAGAGAAGAAUAA